AUGAGGUACAGACGGGUCCAAGAGGAGCUGUCUGACGAGUUUGGUGACAAGAUUGCUGUGUUGGGGGAGUCUACUAAAGGGAUAACGGGGUCCUUUGAGGUGACAGUGGCUGGAAAACUCGUUCACUCCAAGAAGGGAGGCGAAGGCUUUGUGGACAGUGAAGCUAAACUGAAAAAGAUUGUCGAUGCCAUUCGCGCUGCUAUAGGAGAGUAGUGCAAGGCCGUCCAGAGGAGAGAGAGGGAGGGAGGUGCAGGGUGGUGGGGUUUGGCUGUUAUGGUGGCUGACCUGACGAGGUACUCUCAAAGGGGGCAACCCCUGGAGUUCUUCUGAGGCUAACUAUAGUCAUUCUGCAGUCUAGCCUUGCAACCUGUCGUCUCUUUCCUCGCUCUCUCCUCAUACUUGGCAAACAUCUGUUAUGCACACGUAACAUGCUGUUGUACUGAACUUGUUUCUGUGCUGUAGAUUAAUUAUGAUAAUUAUCAAUGUGGCAGAUAAUGAUUAUUACACGCAUAUUGCGUCUAGGGGUUAAAGUUUGAUAUCUGGCACUGCCCACAUACAAGUUCCGAUCGAACAGUGUGUGUUCUGUGUCGACUGCGAUCAAAAUUUGUCAAUUGCCUUCUUCUGGGUGUCAUUCGGAACAACACAUGCUUUGGCUCCCCAGAUGUCGUGGGCGUACUCCUGGAUGGUGCGGUCACUGGAGAACUUGCCACACUUGGCUAUGUUGUGGACCACCAUGGUCAGCCAGCGCUUCCGGUCC